GAGACGGGCGUCGAUAGUGACGAUUAUGAUGACGACCAGAUUGAGGACGGACCGAGUAGGCCUGAGAAAAGCAUGCUGGUCGACUUGAUGGGCAACAAUGACAACGCUGAAACUGAUCCUCUUGUACAUCUCGACGGAAUCGAGGAGAAACAAGAAUCUCUAGACGAUCAGAUGAGUGGUUAG